UAGGAUUUAACCAAACGAUUAGCCCUAAUCCAGAGGUGACUCACUAUAAAUACACGGCCACGGCCAUCUAUUUCCUCCGUUCCUUUCCACCACCUCCCGCCGCCGUACGUUCUUCUUUCUCCGUUAUCCAUCGACGUAAGGAACCGUCAUAAUUCCUACCUAAUGGGGGAGCCCGCAGAAGGAGCUUCGUUGGGACCAGCUAGGGCGCCCCUGGACCCUCGCACAGACCUUGUUGAAACUGAGGAGUCGGAUCCGGUUGCCGAAGUUACCGCAUCAUCAUCAUUGGAAUCGAAAGAAGAGAAGGUUGAACAAGGCAACACAAGGAAAAAAAUAAGGCGGUCGACCAACGCAGACAUGACGAAAUACCAGCGGUGCUCAAGGCCUGGUGUUGUUGGUCUCAAGGCGGACAAGGCCAAGAGGAUCAUCAGGAAAGGCAAGCCGGACCUCUUUUGUUCAGUUGUUCCAGAGAACCAGUUUCUGACCAUGGCCUAGUGCACGGAUCGUGUUAGGCUCAUAGUGGACAGAUCCAACCGCGUCGUGCGAACUCCCCGUGUUGGCUAGCUAACAUCAAGUGAACAACAAAGUAAAAGAAAAGGAAUCAAGUGCUUAUGUCAGAUUGCUCUAUAUUUUCAUGUCAUAGGAAAUAUGAUUUAGAACUAGAAGGGUUGGACGUGUUU